AUGAUCAUUGAUGACGUGCCAACCACUAGUUCUGUUCUUCACUCUUCCAGACGCAGAACCCGACAAACUACCAGUGAGCUGGAGUUGAAGACCAAAGACACCCAUCAGAUGCAGGACCUGAAAGAGGUAGCUAAUGCUAUGAUGAUGCUGGUUAAGGAUGCGAAAUCUGAUCCAGCAGACGAUGAACAAAAACCUAUGUUUAUUGAAUUGGAUGUACAGAAAGAUGUUGAGCAGAACAAUGUAGAUGAAGAUGCUCAACCGAUAGAUGAAGAAGAUGAAGAACAAGAAGAAGUUAUUGCACUAAAACAGGACUUCAACAUUGUCAUGGAUAAAGAGACUCUAGAGGUUAAGACAACUGAUGGUACAAAUAUUGGAAUCUCUGAGUCAGCGGUCAACACUGUUGACUCUCAAAACAUUGAGAAACCAACUGAAGUUGAGAAACCAGAUACCACCCCAGAUGCUACUCAGUCUAACAUUGAGAAACCGGUAGAAGCAGAAGCAGAGAUAAAAGCACAAACUGAAACUGGAAAAGAACAAGAACAAAGUAUAGCUGAACCUGCAGACAGCAAAGCAGAAAAAAAGAAUGAUAGUAAGGUUGAAAACAAAGUUGAAAGACAAAAUGAGAAAAAGGAAGAAACAGUGGAAAAGGAAAAGGUCAAAGAUGAAAGCAAGAUAGUUGAAGUGAUUAAGGAAAUUGGGCAAGUAUCAGAAGAAAAGAAAGUUAUCACAGAGUCGGGACUUCCACCAUGGAUUUUAGGCCUACAAAUGUAA